CUAGUUGCCAAUGCCAACGCAGAAGCUUAAGCUUCAAUGGCUGUGACUGUUCUUCGCACUAUAUCCACUUCAUUGCAAAUUCUAAAUCCGCUUCGCGCUCCCAAUUUGAUUUCCAAGAACAAAAAGGGUUUCUUCUGCAAAAUGUCAACCGAGUCACCGUCACUGACUCACUCUAUCACGCUGCCGAGUAAACAGUCCCAACCCGUUCAAAUUCUCGCCGCUCCCGGUGUCUCCUCUUCUGAUUUCUGGAGUGCUAUUGAUUCCUCUUUAUUCAAGCAGUGGUUGCAUAACUUGCAAACAGAGAAUGGUAUUCUAGCCAAUGGUACAAUGACUCUCAAUCAAGUUCUAAUUCAGGGAGUAGACAUGUUUCGGAAGCGCAUUGGAUUUCUCAAGUUCAAAGCCGAGAUUUUUGACAAAGAAACAGGGAAUAAGGUUCCAGGUAUUGUAUUUGCAAGAGGACCAGCUGUGGCUAUGCUGAUACUUCUGGAAUCAGAGGGCGAGACUUAUGUUGUUCUUACCGAACAGGCAAGAGUUCCCGUUGGAAGAAUUAUUUUGGAAUUGCCCGCUGGAAUGUUGGACGAUGACAAGGGUGAUAUUGUAGGCACAGCAGUUCGGGAGGUUGAAGAAGAGACAGGCAUCAAUUUGAAUGUAGAAGACAUGGUUGACCUCACUGCUUUCCUGGACUCUUCAACUGGAUGCACAGUUUUCCCAUCUCCUGGAGGAUGUGACGAAGAGAUCAGUAUCUUUCUGUGCAGAAAGCAUGUUGAUAAAGAGGUUAUCACGCAUCUACAGGGUAAAGAGACUGGACUCCGCGAACAUGGGGAGCUGAUUAAGGCGCGUGUGGUACCAUACAAGAAUCUUUGGCGCACUACAGCAGAUUGCAAGGUUCUGGUGGCUGUUGCACUAUUAGAAAUGGCAAAGAAAGAAGGGUUAUUGCCGUCUUUGGCAACCUAAUUGUAAUGCUACACAGAGCAAGGACUUUGUCAAAGACUAAAAACAUAAGAAAUUAUUGGAGACUUUGCAAUAUGGUUAAUAUAUUGUAAUUUUAAUUUUUUUAAUAUUAUGUCUAGCUCCUUGCAUACCGCA